GCCCUCCGCCUGGCGGCGCCGGCAGGGUGCUCGGGCCGGAGCGCGCUGGGCAGGGGCCUGAGGCGCGGGUCGCACGCGGCGCCAUGCACGGCGCCCCUGCCUGGCCGCUGCGGCUGCUGGCGCGGCGGUGCCCGGCCGCCUGCUUGCCCGGGCCACCGUCCCCGGGCUUGGGGCUGGCGCGGCCGCCGGGCGCGGGGCCCGGGCUCGCCGGGGUUGCCGGCGGUGGGGCGGGCCUGGCGCGGCUGCUGGGGCUGUGGACGCGUCCGCCCGGCGCGGACAGGUGCGCGGCGCUCGCCAGGCCCCGCGGGCCCCGGCUCCCGCGCGCCGGGCUCCCCGGCGGCCCCGCGGUCGCGGCCCGGGCGGGGGGCGAGGCCUGGCGGCGCGGGCCGGAGGCGCCUGCGGCCGCAGCUUCGAGCAACAACUCUCGGCUGCGGCCCGCGGCGGGCCGGCGCUCGGAGGCCCGGAAGCUGCUGGGGCUGGCGCGCCCCGAGAGCCGCAGGCUGGCAGCCGCAGUCGGGUUUCUAGCUGUGUCCAGCGUCAUCACCAUGUCUGCGCCCUUCUUCCUGGGGAGGAUAGUCGAUGUCAUCUACACACAGCCCACCAUGGACUGCAGAUACAGCCUGACCCGCCUCUGCCUGGCGCUUGGCGGCGUGUUCCUGUGCGGGGCUGCUGCCAACGCCGUUCGCGUCUACCUCAUGCAGACUUCAGGCCAGCGCAUCGUCAACAGGCUGAGGGCUUCGCUGUUCUCCUCUGUUCUGAGGCAGGAGGUUGCUUUCUUUGACAAGACUCGCACAGGGGAGCUGAUUAACCGCCUGUCAGCAGACACGGCACUCUUGGGACGCUCGGUGACCGAAAACGUCUCAGAUGGGCUCAGGGCAGGGGCCCAGGCUUCCGUCGGCAUCGGCAUGAUGUUUUUUGUCUCACCUCAUCUGGCCGCUUUUGUUUUGAGUGUGGUGCCCCCGAUAUCCAUCCUCGCUGUGCUUUAUGGACGCUAUCUGCGGAAACUGACCAAAGCCACACAGGAUUCCCUGGCGCAGGCCACCCAGCUAGCUGAGGAACGUAUUGGAAAUAUAAGAACUGUCCGAGCUUUUGGGAAAGAAAUGACUGAAAUAGAGAAAUACACCCGUAAAGUGGGCCACGUGAUGGACUUGGCAAGGAGAGAGGCAUUCGCUCGGGCCGGCUUCUUCGGAGCAACGGGGCUCUCUGGGAAUCUGAUUGUGCUCUCUGUCCUGUACAAAGGAGGGCUGCUGAUGGGCAGUGCCCACAUGACCGUGGGUGAACUCUCUUCCUUCCUGAUGUAUGCUUUCUGGGUUGGAUUAAGCAUUGGAGGUCUGAGCUCCUUCUACUCGGAGCUGAUGAAGGGGCUGGGAGCCGGCACCCGCCUGUGGGAGCUCCUGGACAGAGAGCCUGGGCUGCCUUUCAACGAGGGUGUUGUUUUAAAAGAGAAAAGCUUCCAGGGCGCUUUGGAGUUCCAGAACGUUCAUUUCGCCUAUCCAGCUCGGCCAGAGGUGCCCGUAUUCCAGGAUUUCAGCCUCUCCAUCCCAUCAGGGUCCGUCACGGCGCUGGUCGGCCCAAGUGGCUCCGGCAAAUCCACAGUGGUCUCCCUUCUGCUGCGGCUGUAUGACCCUGUUUCUGGAACCAUCAGUCUCGAUGGCCAUGACAUCCGUCAGCUUAAUCCAGCCUGGCUGAGGUCCAAGAUUGGGACAGUGAGUCAGGAGCCGAUUUUGUUUUCUUGCUCGAUCACUGAGAACAUCGCUUACGGUGCCGAUGACCCCGCCGUGGUGACCGCCAAGCAGAUAGAGAAUGCGGCAGAGGCAGCCAACGCGGCCGCCUUCAUCCGCAACUUCCCUCAGGGAUUUGACACCAUAGUCGGAGAGAAGGGGGUUCUGCUCUCAGGUGGGCAGAAACAGCGGAUCGCGAUCGCCCGGGCUUUGCUGAAGAAUCCCAAAAUUCUUCUCCUAGAUGAAGCAACCAGUGCGCUGGACGCUGAGAACGAGCACCUUGUGCAAGAAGCUCUGGAUCGGCUGAUGGAAGGAAGAACAGUGUUGAUCAUCGCCCAUCGUCUGUCUACCAUCAAGAACGCUCAUGUGGUGGCCGUUCUCGACCAAGGGAGAAUAACUGAAUGUGGGAAACAUGAGGAACUGCUCUCAAAACCAGACGGGACAUAUAGAAAAUUAAUGAACAAACAAAGUUUUAUUUCAGCAUAGAGAAGCCAUUACCGGUAAAAUGAAUAUGAAAGACUUUUUAAAGCCAGAUAGCAUUGCAGGAAAAAAAAUACUUAGGGACAGUAUGAGAUCUGUAAGUCAUACUUCAAGUUAUUUGACAUAUGCCUAUUUUUUUCCAAACUGUAUAAAAUAUUGUUUUGAGAUGUACCUGUCUCAAGACUUUUUUAUUCAGAAUUUUAAUAAUUGUAACUUUCUAAUGUCUAUAGCACUGAAGUUAUUUUCAGGUUUUGUACUUUCAUCUCGGGAUAUUUUAAUUAAUAUAGCAUGACACCUCUUUUUUUUUUUCUUUUUACCUCCUGUUAGAGAUUGAAGCUAUUGUCAAACGACAACUUUUAAAAGGGUAUUAUAAAUAAAAAGCCUAAUUAUUUUAGGCCAGUUUGCCAAUCACUGUAUGAUUGUUUUGGUACCAUUCUACCUAUUUUGGGCCUGCUUUUACUAAGUAGCAUAAAAGGUGAAGAUCUAACCUUUGUUUUAAUCCUGAUAAUCUUAUGAAAUGAACCUAAUAUAUAUACAGAAAUAGUUAAUGUCCCAUAGUGAGAAGGGAACACUUACAGUCCCCAUCCCCCGUGUCUCCCAAGGCGUGAGAGUCCAGGAAUCUGUGUCCCCGUGGGACGAGACUGUGCUUGGACAUGUGUAGUUUUCAACCUUUUUGACACAUGAGGGCCUGGUGAGUUUUAAAAAGGGAAGAAGCCCCAUCCUUUAAAUAGGGAAACUUCUACUUUCAUUAUUCACAUAUUUGUUUCUAUGAGUACUUUGGGAAGUGAGGCAUGAACUGCCAGCUAUUAUCUAGAAAGAUGUAGAUAUGAAUUUCACAUUUAAGUUGCCUGAAGGUGUUUUGAGAAUUAUUUUUAAAAACGUAUAAAUCUUAACAAAAUGUAUAAUUCUUACAGCUUUUUACCAGUCAUUUAAAUACUUUUGAAAUUUCAUUCCGUGAGGCUAAAAUCCAAAUGAAAUCCAAACCCAAAGUAGUUUUCAACCUUUCAUUAAAGCACUGGAAGAAAGUUAAGAAGUUCUUCUGUUCUAUAGAUAUCAAGACACCUUACGAACUUGUCACUCUUUUGAAAAGAGGACAUUAGUAACCUUUUUUCUUUUAUUUAUGGUUCGUUUUAUUCACCUAAAUGUCUCAAAAUCCCUAAAGCAGUGCUGACACCCAUGGAUUUGCUGUGUUUCAUGUCAGCGCUGUCAAUCUGCUGUUGUCUCAAGAAACAGUGCUCUUUCCCCACUAAAAAUGCCGGGACCUAAGAAGAAACUAUGCUGAUGUAAUUAAAAUGGGAGUUUUCUUCUGUACUAAGUACUCAUCAGUUCCUGAUUAUACUGGAAAAAGAAACCAGUGUUUCAUGAUAAGCAUGGACUGUUAUAUUCCAUUCUAUAUACAGGAAUUUAUUAAUGAAUGAAAUGAAUUCAAUAAAUGAACUCAGUGUUCAUUUAAUUAGUAACAGUACAUCUGUGACAAUUGUUUUAACAAGAUUUAUUUGUACUCUUUAUACAGUUUGCUAUUACAGUGUGGUUUUCAGAAAGCAAACAAAAUAUUACAAGGUUGGAUCUGAGGGAAAUCUCUUUGUGCCAUAGAAGUGUUUACAAAAUUGAAUUGGAUUAUUAUAUUUUCUAAUGCAAGAUAUUCAAUUGUGUCUUUAGGUAACAUUUUAUAAUAUGGAUUAAAGUUUAUACUGAA